AUGAAUGGAUAUAACAAGUUUAUUAAAGUGGAAAAUAAAAAAUUAUAUAUGGUUUCUUUCAUGGAUUAGAAAAACUAACUAGACAAACAAAACUUGAUUGAUUCAAUUAUAAAUUUAUAAUUGAUUAAUUUAGUUAAAUUAAUUAAUUAUGGAAUAAAAAAUCACGAUAAGACUUAAUUUAUUUAAAUCAUUUUAGAAAACUUAGAAAUCUGGAGAAUUAUUAAGAAGUUUGGAAAGUUUUAAUUAAAGAAAAGAUAAGGAAAUAUAUUCAUUGAAGAAAAUUUAAAAAAUGAUAUUAUCAUAUAAGAUGGAGGGAUCUAAGAAGAAAUUUAAUAGAAAUAACCAAUUAUAACAUAAUAAAGUUCCUCAUAAAUAUCUAACUUAUUCUUAGGAUAUUAGAAGAAUUAUGUUAAAAAGGUAUUAAAACAAUAAUUUAGGUUAUAAACUAUAUUGGAAAGAUAAAAAGUAUGA